AUGGCUUACGCUCGCGUUCUUUCUCUUACUCAUAUUCUACAGCGCACCCUGAAAUAUGAUUCUUCAUAUAUUCUUCCUGGGGAGAAAGAACAAAUCGAUUCCCUCCUUAUAAAAAUUGUUUACUUGCAAGAUUUUCUUCAUAAUUUUCCACAAGAAAACAUCGAAUCAAUAGAAGGUUUGGAGAGAAACAUCAGCGAUGCAGCAUGUCAAAUAGAAGAUAUCAUUGAAUCCUGGAUUGCACAUCGAGUUCUUGAAGAAUCUGCAAGUCAUAGCGGUGACAUUUUUACGACUUUAUUCCAUAAAAUAGAGAAACUAAUUGAAGAAGUUGAUUCCAUAAAGACAAGGGCUGAGAAGAUUGAGGAUGAGAGUGGCAUACAAGAAGAUUUGGAGUGCAGCACCUCAUUGCCUGUUAGUUCAUUAAAACCAGUUUCUUGGGAUCAGAGCACUAUGGUUGGUCUUGAUGAUGCCUUCGCAGAAAUCAUGGAUAGUCUUGUUAGAGAUUCAUCAAAACUUGAAAUUGUCGCAAUUGUUGGCAUGGGUGGCAUCGGUAAGACUUCACUUGCUCACAGAGUUUACAUUGAUAAAUAUAUUGUGUAUCAUUUUCACAUUCGUGCCUGGCUCACUGUGUCUCAAGAAUAUAGUGUGCGAGGAAUCCUACUAGGCCUCUUAGAUUCCAUGAAAAUACAAAUUGAUGAGAGGAAUGAAAAGAGAAUUGAUCAAUUAGGAGAACUUCUGUAUAGGAACCUAAAGGAUAGGAGGUAUCUUUUUGUAAUGGAUGACGUGUGGGAUAUCAAGGCCUGGGACAGUGUGAAAAUAUAUUUUCCAGAUGACAAAACUGGAAGUAGAAUCCUUUUGACUACUAGGCUAGAGAAUGUGGCUAAUUAUAUCAACUCUGGUUCUCCUCUUCAUCGUGUUCGUUUUCUGAAUGACGAAGAAAGUUGGAAGUUAUUUCGUCUGAAGGUGUUUGGAAAAGGUUUUUGCUCUAUUGAACUGGAAGAAAUCGGCAAGAAGAUUGCCCAAAAUUGCCGAGGACUUCCACUUGCAGUUGCUGUGAUUGGGGGCCUCCUAUCAAAGGCCACUAAAACACCACAUUACUGGAGAAGUAUUGCAGAAAAUUUCAGUUCGGAAAUGACUUCAAAUGAUGAACAAUGCUUUAAGAUUCUUUCUUUAAGUUAUAAACAUUUGCCUUAUCAUUUGAAAGGGUGUUUCCUAUAUAUGGGAAUUUUUCCAGAAGAUUUUGAAAUCAAUGUCAAGGUACUUAUCAAGUUGUGGGUUGCAGAGGGAAUCCUCAAACCAGCAUGUUCUAAAACUUUGGAAGACGUAGGAGAGGAGUACUUUUUGGAUCUCGUUCAAAGAAGUCUUAUUUUGGAUCAAAAGAAAGGGUCCAAUGGAAAAAUUAGAACAUGUAGAAUUCACGAUCUGUUACGGGAUCUUUGUGUCAGAGAAGCUCAAAAAGAAAAGUUUUUCCAUGUCAUUGAAGGAAGUCUUUAUGGUACUCAAGGAAACACUAGUAUGCGCCGUGUAAGUAUUCAUGAUAAGAAGACUUUAUCAUCUUUUCAAUUUUACCAUGCGGCUGAAGGGACUCUCCAGUGUGAAGACAAAACACUAUCAUCUGUAGAAUGUUCUUUCGAUUCUAGGUCACUUAAAGUACUGCAUAUGCAGAAAUCUGAUCAUUUGCCAGAUGGAAUGGAAGAAUUGGUUAACAUACGGUACAUCUAUUGCUACCAUACACUGUCCAUUGCAUCAAUAAAUAAACUUCGGAAUCUACAAACAAUAGUUUGUUGGCGGUAUUGUUGGAACAAUAGUGCAUCCAUUGAACUACCACCAGAAAUAUGGAAGAUGCCACAAUUAAGACAUGUCGAGUUGACUGAUGAUGUACUUCUUCCUGAUCCUCUUAGUUCAGAAAUUGAGGGGGAAGAGAAUUCUAUUGUUGUUCUAGAAAACCUACAAACACUCUCGAAGAUAAAAAAUUUUAGAUGGACAGACGAGGUCCUAGAAAGAAUUCCAAAUCUACGGGAAUUGGCUAUCAAUUAUGAUUAUAUGACGGCGGCUCGUUGGAAAGAAAUCUGUAUCAAUAAUCUUGUCCAUCUAACUAAACUUGAAUCAUUAAACUAUUGUACUGAAUUGACGCACCCAAAUUUCCUAGCCGAUAUCACUUUUCCGACAUCACUUAGAAAGUUGACUUUAGAUGGCAUUUAUACUUCCAACUUGCCGAUUCUUGGUUCGAUGCCAAAUCUUGAAGUGCUGAAAUUGAGACGCAGUACCUUCCUUUGGCAAGAGUGGGAACCAAAUGAAGGAGAAUUUCUUAAAUUGAAAUAUCUGCUAUUAUGCGACAUUGGACUGAAGCACUGGAGAGCUGACAGUAUCCACUUCCCGAGUCUCGAGCGCCUAGUCAUUUCAGUUUUGUUGCAUUCAACGCUGGAUGAGAUCCCUAGUGGUUUUGGACAAAUUUUGACUCUUCAAUCCAUCGAGCUGCAUGGUUGUGGAUAUUCAAUUGUAGAAUCAGCAAAGAAAAUAGAAGAGGAACAAUUGAGUUGGGGAAAUGAUGCCUUCAAUCUCUGGUUCGAGGUGUCUGAGGCUACCCCAGCAGAUUUUGAUGCCUUCUCUGUUGAAACAACGUGUUAUAAUGGUAUAAGGAAAGAUUAUAUUGCGAACCUAACGGUGGUGGUGGUGCCUGGUGUUGAGGAGGUGGCGCCGGCGGUGGCGGUGGCUUUUGGACUUAGUUUUGGUUUUGGCGGCCAGGAAUGGGGAUUGUGGAUAUGGGAUCGGCUGCAAUCCCAGUUUGUUGCUUUGAUUUUAAUUGAAUUGAACCAGAAAAAUUCUAUUCUUAUUUACGUAACUUUGGUGAAGAAGAAUGUCCCUGAGAGUGAACACGAAGAUUUCAAUGGAGGGGAUCAUAAUGUGAAUGAUUUUUGGAAUACAGUGGAGAAAGCUCAUGAGGGUUCAUCACCAAGAUUUCACUGUUACGCUGGACCGAGUACACGAUCCACUAAUUGUUCGCGUUUAGUUCCCGAUGACAAAGAUUUAUAUGUCGAGCAAUGUUCGAAACAAAGAAAGAUUUAUAGAAUGUUAUGCAACGGAUUGCUUCGAAACAAAACUUCGAGUUUAAAGUGA